UUUCAACUCGGUUGCAGUUUCUCACAUAUUUGUGCGGCAACUGUCAAGAGAAUAUCUAUUUUUUAGUUUUUUUUUGCCCAUCCCGAGGAUGACUCAUGAAACAAUGGAAAUCACGCCGUCUGAAGAUUCAGACAAGACCCCCAUUGUGCCCUCCAGCGAAGCGAAAGCCACACCGAAUUCACUGUCCCGCCGGUCAUCGAGUGCUUCGUAUACAUCCAACAAGAAAGUCACCUUUGCGGAGGCAAAGGUGCAGUCUAGAGCGGCAGGAAUAACACGUCCAGCGACCGUUGGUCCGAAUGUGUAUCCGUUUAUACGUAAUACUGUUACAGAACCAAGAUUGAGAGUCAGCGUAACAAGGAAGGAGACAUCAAAAGCGAGCACCGAAACAAGGCGACUUAGAAUUCCUCAACGCCCGUCCUCACCAUGGCAGGAGAGCUCUGGCGGAAACAGUUUGCAAUCCCGUGCGAGUCGCCCAUCAAUCGUUCUUCCCAGGGGUGAUUCUCGUAAAGAUCUUCCUGGAAAGAUAAGCCCAAGAAGGGGCUCCAAAAUAAAUGCGAACUCCAACGUCAAAUUAUCAUCUAGAGAUGACAAACCAGAGACCGUCAAUAAAGCCAGCGGAGAAGAAAUUCAACCAAUUGAGACCGAAAGUGUUACCGUGGUACAAACCACGGAUUUUGGAGUUCAAGUGGGAUGUCCGCCCUGUGAAGGCGGUUCCGGAGAUACCGCUGCGCAACAGGUGAAUCUGAAGAUUACCAAAGAAAGUAUAAGCGAAACUUCUGUCGGUCGAGAAGCGAUCCCCAGCAAAGAUAUACACGAGCUGGAGAAGUCAAUCGUACAAUUGGGAAGUGAGCUCUCCAGAAGCAACUGUGACAAUUUCAAUCUGCGGACAGUGAUAGAGAAGUUGAAGAAACAAUUAACGGAAACCCUUGACCGUUCUGAGGAAGUGGAGCUGCUUCGAUUCGAACUGGCGGAACGGUGUGUCGAUAAAGAUGUCUUGCUGAGCGAGAAGAAAGCGAUGGGAAUACGUAUCAAGGAAAUGGAGAAUGAGAUAGUGAUCCGCCGAAAAGAAAUCGAUGCAUUGCAGCAAAACGAAUCCCAAAUGCGCAGUGAAAUUCGGUGCCAAAAAAAGGACGAAUCAGAAUCUCUCCAGUCCCUGCAGAUGGAAGUGGUGAAACUUCGGCGCGAGAAUAGUGAGCUAACUAUUUUGCGGAAACAGCACGACGCAUUCAUGCGAGUUUAUUCGGCUUGUCAAAAUUUGAGACGUAAGACUACCGAAGGUCCAUGCCUAUGUGAUCUUGAGCGACACUUUCGGAUUGAUGACGGAUCAAAAUUGAUUAGUUAUGAGGAGGAACAGAACCUUAUCGAUAAAAUUAGGCGGAAUGUCGAAAACCUGAGGGCCGUUGGCAUCGAGCUAUUGUGCAUGUUGAUGCAAGAGAAAGGGCAUUCAGAAACAUUUAUGUGAGCUAUAGCUUUGUUCUAUCGAGAUGUAUCUUAUCAUAUACCUUACGAGCUGCAGUAGGAUACAAGAGUCGGUCAAGCUACUUCUGGAAUUGAACACCGAUUCAACGAGCACAAUUCUAAAUACCAAUCGACAGGAACAGCCACCCGGAAGCUGUUGAUAUCCUUUCUGAUCUCCUUUAACAUGUUUAUGGAAAACCACAAAAGCGAUGCUUUUUUUUACCAUGAGAUCUCUUUUACUAAGUAC